AACAACGUUUCAGUGUCCGGUUGACGCUGUUCUCGGUCACAUUCUACAUGUCUCUUGUUGAUUGUUACCGGUAAAGGGAAAAUUUAUAGAUUAAAAAUGAAAGUUCUAAAAGUUUUGGUUACUAUCUUAUGUGGUGUCGUUCUCAGUGAACAGGUAUCAUCCCCCAGUGAUGAUCAUUAUUGGGCAGCCGUCGUUGAGUAUGAAUAUACAAAUUUUGAAACCGACUCAUCGGAAGUGUAUACGGCAAAGUCGCUUCAGAGAUAUAGUGACAUAAUCCUGUCGAAAGAAGUGGAUCCAGUUGACAUCCUAGUGUUCUCGGAAUAUGGGCUCAGCGAUACGGGGAUGGGUUCUAGGGUCCCAGAUCCGGGGGAAGGAAUUGUUCCGUGCGAUAGUCCUGAGUAUGGAAUAUCGGUACGAAAUUUGUCCUGUUUAGCAAGAGAUCGGCAAAAGUAUUUGGUUGUGAAUUUGGCUGAGAUUGCCAGCUGUCCCAUGAAGGGAGAAACUCGUCCUUGUGCCAAGAAUGGACUGUACAAUUUCAACAGUAACGUAGUGUUCGAUCGCAAUGGAGCAGUUAUUGCACGGUACCGGAAGUUUAAUCUGUACAAUGAACCUAAGAUGAACAUAACUUUGGAAGCUGAUUUGAGUGUGUUCAAAACUGAUUUCGGUGUCGAAUUCGGUACUUUUAUCUGUUUCGAUCUGUUGUUCGAGAAACCAGCUCUUCAGUUGGUGAGGCGAGGGAUAAAAGAUUUCGUCUACUCCACCAUGUGGUUUUCGGAUCUACCUUUUCUGACGGCAGUUCAAAUCCAGCAAGGAUGGGCUUAUGCCAAUAAUGUAAAUUUCCUGGUUUCCGGUUCCAACAAUCCCGGCAUAGGCAGUACCGGUUCGGGAAUCUACUCCGGCAGAAGAGGGCCAAUCGUUUCGUACAUAAGCUACAAAAAUGAAACAAAAUUGUACGUCGCAAAAGUGCCAAAGAUCGAUAGAACGAAUGCAAUGGUUUCCAAACACCAAUCCACAAGAUACUCUCCAUCGGAAAUGGCCGGCAUGAAAACUACUCGGGAUCAAGUCGAAACCUACGUUUCUGAAAAUCUUCCACUGGUGAGCCAUAAAAAUUACAAGACUAGCCUUUGUCAGCAAGAUGUGUGCUGUAAUUUUACCAUUGAUUACAGUGUCAACAAUGUAGUCAACGAAUCCAACUUUUACCAUUACAAACUGGCCGCAGGUGAUACUUCACGAUCGGUAAACGGAUUUGCGGACAUUUACAUUACAACCUGUGCCAUUAUGGCCUGUUCCGGAAGUCGACCAGCGGAUUGUGCGGUACGAUUUAAAAACCCAUCGGAAGUGGCCGAAGUGAUCCGGUUCAACUCGAUCGAAAUAGAGGGAGUGUUUGGCGGUAACGAUGAGGAAGUAUCCCUUGUGCCCAGUAAUGUCGACACCAGUAUGUUGCCGCUUGAAGUGGAUGAGUUUCAUUUCAGCCACAAAUACAACCAACCGUAUCACCAAGUGCAUUACCAGCUGACGAAACCGAGAUCUGAUAUUUUUACCUUUGCGAUAUGGGGUAGGAGAUACAAAGGUGUGUCCCGUGCCACCAAAAUGUUCGCUUUUUGUGCACCUUUGAUUUAUAGCGCUUUGCUUACUAAUUUAUACAACUAAGACUAGUGAAAAUCGUUUGAUCGUGAAGAAAACAGUACAAAAAAAUUAAAACAAUUUUAUUUUCGAAA